AUGGAACAGGAUCCCGGAUUCAUUGCCGCCGUUGAGGAGGCCAAGCUCGGCCUCGCUGAGGGUGGUGUCCCCAUCGGUGCCGCCCUGGUCUCCAAGGAUGGCAAGAUCCUGGGCCGUGGACACAACAUGCGUGUGCAGAAUGGCAGCGCCGUCCUGCAUGCCGAGAUGUCCGCUCUCGAAAACUCUGGCCGUCUUCCUGCUUCUGCUUACGAGGGUGCUACUAUGUACACCACUCUCUCGCCCUGUGAUAUGUGCACCGGUGCUUGCAUCCUCUACAAGGUGAAGCGCGUCGUCAUUGGCGAGAACAAGAACUUCCUUGGUGGUGAGGAGCUGCUCCUCAACCGUGGCAAGGAGGUUGUUGUCUUGGAUGAUGCCGAGUGCAAGGAUAUCAUGGCCAAGUUCAUUAAGGAGAAGCCUGAGCUCUGGAACGAGGAUAUCGCUGUCUAA